AUGGUGAAACUUGAGGACCCAGAAAUCCUGGAACGCGACGUCCGUGAUGAGUAUGACCAUCCCUUACCCCAGAAAGUUCUGGAUGAGCGAACAAUCUAUCUUUCGCGGAAUAACUACGGCCGGCUUUUGAGACCUACGGGGAUCGUUCAGAUCACCGACUUUGGAUUGUCUGUCCGAGGAGACGUCCCACACUCUGGCUGUAUCCAGGCUGAACUGUACCGGGCUCCCGAGGUGGUCCUCGAUGCUGGGUAUACUUACAGCGCGGAUAUUUGGAGUUUGGGGGUGAUGCUGUGGGAUCUUCUCCAAGGAAAGAAGCUCUUUGACCUGGUAGAUCCAACUACAGGCGAAUAUGAUGACCAGCGUCAUCUCGCACAAAUCACUAGUCUUCUGGGGAAGGCUCCAGACGACCUUUUACGUCAGGGUCAACGAACAUCAAUGUUCUAUGAGAGUGAUGGCAAAUUAAAGGAUCCGAGUCUCGUAUCCCCAGGCUUCAGUUUCGAAGGCACUAUCGAUGUCAUAGAUGGGGAAGAGAAGAGGAUGUUUAUCGAGUUUGUGAAGCGAAUGCUCAGAUGGAGUCCCAAGGAGCGACAGACGGCGAAAGAACUCCUCAACGAUCCCUGGCUUCAUGACGGCUUUUCGCAGUGA